AUGCGCCAAUCCAUUGCCAUCCUCACGUUCCUUGCCAGUGCGGCGCUUGCAGAUGAUGUCUUGUCGUUCAUCUUUCCCGGUGGUUAUGAUGGCGUUGCCCCCGUUGCAACCGUCGAGUCUGUAAACCCUUCGACCACAUCGGCGCUCGUGACCUGCCCUACAGGCACUGCUGCAGACGAAUGCGGCUGGGGCAAUGGUCUCAAUGUCCAGAUCAUCAGCGGCACCCGUUACGAAGCCGUCAUGUCGGCGGCGUCCUUGUACGUGAGCUACGGCUGCGACUACAACUCGGUGGCCACCCAGAUGACGUGCACCGCUGAGACGUCUGACCAAGACGCACAAACCGCGAUAUUGUCUGGGAGCGAUGUCGCCUUCAUUACCGCCAGCGUCGUCGAGGGCGCUGAAAAGUUGAGUGGCGCCAGCGCGACCGGCAGCGCCAGUGCCAGUGCCAGUGCCAGUGCCAGCGGCUCUGCCGCCCCCACCAGUUCUGGUUCCGCUGCUGCAAGUUCUGCUCUGCGAACAAGCAUCGCCUCAGCUUCUGGUACCGCUGCUGCUGGUAGCCACGCUUCCGGUCCUCCUUCAGCAACUGCCAGCAGCUCCGCCCCUCAAAGCACCGGCGCUGCCGCUAGGUUCGGUAUCGAGGGUACUGCGCUGCUCGCUUUGGCUGGUGCCGCUGCGCUGAACGUCUUAUAG